UGGUGCAGUGUGCCAGUGACUAUCAUACGGUCAAAUUAUUGAAUAGUAGAGAUAUAUGUACCAUGCUUGUGAAUUAAAUUUAUGUUGUGAAAAGAAUAUUGUACGUUGGGAGUAGUGUAGAACCCUAACUGUACAAAAUCAGUAACAUUACACAGCUGUGUUCCAUUGAAGUCUCUGCUUAUAUACAAGAACUUGCUCAUUCCUCAAAGCAUCCACACAUAAUCACGAUGAAGCUCUUUGUUCAUCUCUCUAUCUUCUUCUCCAUCCUCUUCAUCACUCUCCCAUCUUCUUACAGCUGCACCGAAAAUGACAAGAAUGCCCUCCUUCAAAUCAAGAAAGCACUUGGCAAUCCUCCCCUUCUAUCCUCCUGGAACCCCCGAACCGACUGUUGUACCGGCUGGACCGGCGUCGAAUGCACUAACCGUCGCGUUACCGGUCUCAGCGUUACCUCCGGCGAAGUCUCCGGUCAGAUCUCGUACCAGAUCGGCGACCUCGUUGACCUCCGUACACUAGAUUUCAGCUACCUGCCACACCUCACCGGAAACAUCCCACGCACCAUCACCAAACUCAAGAACCUCAACACUCUCUACUUGAAGCACACUAGUCUCUCCGGUCCGAUUCCUGAUUACAUCAGCGAGCUCAAGAGCCUCACGUUCUUGGACCUUUCUUUUAACCAAUUUACCGGUCCAAUUCCCGGUUCGCUAUCUCAGAUGCCGAAGCUUGAAGCCAUUCAAAUCAACGAUAAUAAGCUAACCGGUUCUAUACCAAACUCUUUCGGUUCUUUUGUUGGCAACGUCCCUAAUCUCUACUUGUCUAACAAUAAGCUGUCAGGAAAAAUACCGGAAUCGUUGUCUAAAUACGACUUCAACGCAGUGGAUUUGUCGGGAAAUGGUUUCGAAGGAGAUGCCUUUAUGUUCUUCGGACGGAACAAAACAACAGUACGAGUGGAUUUGUCGAGAAACAUGUUUAAUUUCGAUCUCGUCAAGGUUAAGUUCGCUAGAAGCAUAGUUUCGUUGGAUCUGAGCCAGAACCAUAUCUACGGGAAGAUACCACCAGCACUGACUAAACUACACCUCGAGCAUUUCAACGUGAGCGACAACCAUCUCUGCGGAAAAAUCCCAAGUGGCGGUCUACUUCAGACCUUUGAACCAUCUGCCUUCGCUCACAACAUCUGUCUUUGUGGAACUCCCCUUAAGGCUUGUUAAUUUGGUUUAAUCUUGGCGGAAGAAUAAAAAUAAUGUUGAAUAUGUUAUGAUGAUGUGUUCAUUAUCACCGCCAAACCAAGUUUAUUGUUUCUUUGUUAUGAAUUUAAUUUAAUGGCAAGAAUUGGUUACGUAAGAAUGUUGUGAGGUAUAUUCACAAGUCUAAUCUUUAUAACACUAGAUAAGUCCGCCUAAAUAGAUGGGUGUAAAAUGUAACUGUAAUUUUUUAUCGAUAAUAUUUAAAUUUUGAAUAGUAAAAUAAUAAUCUAUACAUUGUUCU